CAACAUGGAUUAGUGCCAGUGUUGAACUGUUGACUCGAGUGAUAUCGUGGGGUAUUAUAAACGUUUAUCCCGGUCGAUAUUGAGAAUACCAAUAAUCCGAUAUAUUGAAUUACGAUGUUGGUUGUAAACAUUAUCAUUGACGUGUAAAUAGAAUUCGACAUUGUGACAUUUGUUUACAUUUAUGUCAUAUGUAGGUACUCUGAAUACUCAAUAUUUUUUUUCAGAAAUGUGUAAUGAUUUUUCUGUUCGUUGGUAAAAAAGAGUCUAGUUCCUUGAUGAUUCCGAAAGUCUACCACUUUCGUUUCAAGCCGAUAAGAAAAAAGUUUGUAAACAAAAUAUUCAUCAGUUGGAUUCAUCGGAUUUAUAGUAUUGCAAAAUAAUAACUAUUGAAAAUACUGAUUGAGAACAAAGAGAAAAUAUGGCUCAUAUAUCGAUAGAGAAAAGAAAUAAAUCGCACGACCAUGAACUUCACAUGUUUCAAGGAAAAGAAUCGUUUCUGACAUCACAAAUCGAAAUAUAUGUAGAAGAAGCCCAACCAAAAAUACCUGAUGGAGGAUGGGGUUGGAUGGUGGUGUUUGCAGCAUUCGUUAUCAACACUAUUUCAGAAGGAAUCAGUUUUUCAUUCGGCGUUUUGUUCAUUGAGUUUUUAAAUGAGUUUGGGGCCUCAAAAUCCGCAACGUCGUGGAUUGGGAGCUUGUUUUUGGCUCUACCUUUACUUGCAGGCCCCUUAGGCAGCACAUUGGUAGACCGAUACGGAUGUAUAUGGAUGACGAUUGUUGGAAGCCUCAUUUGCACGACUGGAUUUAUACUGAGUGUUUUUGCCAAUUCUCUUGGAAUGCUCUAUUUAACAUUUGGAGUGAUAGGUGGCAUUGGGAGAGCACUCACCUUUGUAACAGCGGUUGUUUCCAUUGCCUUUUGGUUUGAGAAAAAGAGAACGAUCGCUCUUGGUUUAGCCGCCAGUGGAACUGGGGUUGGCACCAUUUUGUUUCCACCUCUGACCACAUAUCUGUUGUCAGAAUAUGGUUGGCGAGGAACCAUGUUGUUGCUAGGUGGUUGCUUUCUUCAAAUGUGUGUGUGCGGCGCCCUAAUGAGAGAUCCCAACUGGUUAAUUGAAGAGGAACGAGAAAAAAAGUCAAAUGAAACAAAUGAAACUGUUUCAAAACCUACAAAUAAUGGAGACAAGAAGGAUGUAACUUUCCAGUUAGGUUUAGACAAGGAUAUUCAGUUGCCAGAAGAAAGUCGGUUUAGGUCAAUGAUUGACUUACCGACCUUCCUGAAAAAAAAUGAAAAAAUCCCUGUAGAAGUGAUGAAACAACUCAGUGAAGACAAAGUCCUCUAUAAAAUCGUUGCGGAGAACUAUCCGAAUCUCCUCCCGACUGAAAACACUUCAGGAGAAAACCUAUCACCACAUUCAAAAAUACCCCUCAAAACUGCAAUGAAACCAAAGAAAGGAACAGAUCCAAUUAUUGAAGAAAAUGAAGGUGAAGUAGACAUCCACAGUACGAAUACACAUCCUCUACUUUCUACGACUCAAAACAACCAAUCAAAAACGCAGGGAGUUGUGAGAAACUUUUCUCACAGUUAUUUGAACCAGAUCAAGAUGAAGAGAAACCACUCCGCACACUGCCGUCAGGCUAUGUUGAACCCGGAAAAGUUCAAAAUUAGCGUAUCUAGCCCUGAUGUUUACAGAAGCACAGUGAUUGAAACAGACGAUAUUGAAACGAUAUGGUAUAUGGAAUUUUGGAAAGGCCUGAAAAACGUGCUGAAUCUGUCUCUUUUCCUGGAAUUACAUUUUUUUUCACUAUCAAUGUCAACCAUAAUUUUGUUUAUCUGGUUCAUAGUGCCAUAUUUUUAUCUUGCUGAACAUAUGACAAGGAUUGGUUAUCUGGAAGAUCAAGCGUCCAUGACAUUAUCCACAAUUGGAUUCACGAAUACUCUGGGAAUGGUACUCCUUGGUUGGAUUGGAGAUAGGCUAAAUAUAGCAAAAAUGUAUGCCGCUUGUCUCAUUCUCUGCGGUGUCAGUAUAGGAACUAUGAUGUUUUUCAGCGGUCAUUAUGUUAUGUUGCUGAUCAACAGCGGCUUGUUUGGAUUGUUUUUUGCCAGUUGUUUUUCACUUUUACCGUCACUAGUAGCAGAGCUGGUGCCUCUGGAUUAUUUUUCCAUGGCAUAUGGAUUGGUUUUAAUGUGCAUGGGAGUAGGGAACCUUACUGGGCCUCCGUUAGCUGGAUUCUUGUUUGACCUUUCGGAAUCAUGGGAGCAAUCGUUUUACCAGGCAACUGUUUGGAUAAUCAUUAGCGGAUUGCUAGUGGGCGUCAUUCCAUUUACAAAAAAUAGAAAAAUGACCGGUACUGGGCCCAUACUCAACGAACAAAUCAAAACAUGAACGAAGGGAGUUUGUCAACUGAGAUAUUCACGCCUGUCUAUGGCAUUUCAAAGAAGUGAAUACUUCAACUAUGUUGAGCAAAAGCAGCAUCCAUGAAUAAGGAGACUGAAAUUUAUACAUGCACAGUGUAAAAUAACCAUUAAAAUAUUUUUACAAGUUU